GUGCACCCGCCUCCCACCGGGGAUAAUCAAUCGUAACACCGUGGUGAUUCCUGGCUAGGACGGCGUCGAUGUGAAAUGCGCGCCGGCCAGUGCCGUGGGCCUCGAGCGCUCCUUGAGGACCAAGAGGGCUCGGAGGUGAAGCGGCGAGGGUCUAGCUCGAAUAAUAAACCGCGCGGCGUUGACGGACGCGAUUGUUAAAUAUCGCGUGCGGCGAUGGAGCCAUUAAAAUCGUCGAGGGAAGUGGGAUAGUGAGGCGGAGGAAAUGGACGCGAGGGCCGAGUCCUACGAGACACUCUAAUCGAAAUCGGAAGGUCGAAAUGUCGAGGGAAGCCUGAAUUCCACGAGCGAGGUUCGAAGCAUGCAGAGAGUCAUAUGUUGGAUGAUCUUGUGAUCUUGUGGAGGAAUUGCGGUUGAGUACGUGGAGAAUGUAAUGGCUGUGGAAGGGGAUAACGUGCCAAUGAAUUCUAGUCAGAACGGGGCAGGAUCCUGUCCUAAAAUACAUGGAUCGAUGGGUCUAGUCAUAGCAUAGCGAAGCAGCUACCUCGAAGAGGUAUCGGGCUUGGAUAGAAUAUUUUACGUGGCGAUGGAGUCCGAAUGCCCGGAGCCAUUAAAUUUAGUCAUAAAGAAGGAUGGCAAUGGAAGCGACUCGACGUUCAUCGAGGAGAAUCUGGUGUCUUCGAUAAAGAGGAUCGAAGAGGAUGGUGGCGAUACCAGGGUACCGGAGAACGUGACCUUCCUGCAGGAUGCGGUUAAAUCUAAUGAAUCUAAUUUACCCACUGCGGACCACAAGAUUCUCACGGCUCUGUAUAUGAGCAGUCUUAUGCAAAUGUCUAAUAUGACCGUUCCAAGAAGCGUGACUCCUCCGUCGUUCGGGGCUCAGCACAAUUUUAUGCAACUCCUUGCCAUGGUCGAAGCCAGGCAUCGCAUGUGGCAACACAUGAGUUGGUCGGUGCCGCAGAACUUCUUGAGGAAUCCUCUUGGUUUGCCUCAGCCUUAUUUCGAUAGUCCCGUGGCAAAUUUGUCCGAACAGUUGUGCAAUUCUCAAAAUUCCACACCGGCCUAUUCCUUGCCUUCGGUUAAGCACGAGCCUACGAAUCACGAUACGAAGCAACCUUAUUUUAAACGGUCUACGAUAGAGCAGAAAAAUUCUACGUCAUUAGCUACGGACAACACAAAGACUCAGGAUACGGGCCAGCAGAACAAUCAAGAUAAAAAGAAACCCCACAUAAAAAAGCCUUUGAACGCGUUUAUGCUGUACAUGAAGGAAAUGAGGGCAAAAGUUGUAGCGGAAUGUACCUUGAAAGAGAGUGCUGCGAUCAACCAAAUAUUGGGAAGACGAUGGCACUCGCUAAGCCGGGAGGAGCAGGCGCGGUAUUAUGAGGCGGCCAGGCAGGAGCGCCAUCUGCACCAGCAACGCUACCCCGGCUGGAGUGCCAGGGAUAACUACGGAUACGGCAGCAAGAAGAAGAAGAGGAAGAAAGAGCGCUCCGCAGAUCCCACCGGAGGUAACAACAUGAAGAAGUGCCGAGCCAGGUACGGAUUAGACCAGCAGAGCCAGUGGUGCAAGCCCUGCAGACGUAAGAAGAAAUGUAUCAGGUACAUGGGGGAGGGAGGAGAUGGAGACGGCGAGGCCGACGGAGAGGGCGAGGACGACCACUCGGAGGACAACCUCGGCAGCGUGGGGGAGGCAGGCACUCCCGAGGAAGACGAGUCGCUGAGCAGUCCCGGAGGUCUGUCGGCGCUGUCCAGCCUGGCGAGUCCGUCUCUGGUGCUGCCGUCGCCCUCCAGCUUGGCCAGCCCCUGCCCCUGCCCCCUGACGCCCCCGGUGCCCCCGCCGCCCCUGGGGGCCGGCUCGGCGCAGCCCACGCCGCCCCCGCCGCACCGCAACCCGGUCGGAACCAACCCCCACGACAUCAACAACCCCCUCAGCGUUAACCAGCUGACCGGACAGUGCAUUAAGAGCGACGUGGGCCCGGCGCCCUCGGGCCCCUCCAACCCUGCGAUCAGCGUCACGUAGCCCCACGGGGCAACCCCACGUGGCAAGACUCUGACGCUCGGGGUCUUCGGGGUUCGACUACGCAGGGCGCCCUCGGACUCGCUGGACAGUCGCCGCACCUAGGGCGAGACUGGGAGCCGGGGUGGUUAGAUGGACGGGGCUUCCUGGGGUGGGGGGAUCGUCGGACAGGGGGUCCGACAGGGCCCAUGGGUCCCUGAAGGGAGCCAAACAAGAUCGGUCGGGUCCGUUGCGUUCAAUUCCGGUGAUUUUUUUUCCGGCGUUUUGUUCCUCCCGUUCGCGACUUCCCGGGUACACUGGCCGCGGGAGGUCGGGUUCCGAGAGGGAGGCGACGGUGGCUCGGAGAUGGCGGACCGGUCGAUCAGGGGUAGAGUCGGGUAUGGUGGUAAGAUCUAGGAAGGUGGAAAAUUAUCGCCUCGAUACGCCCUUAGGCUCGUUACCUUAUGACGCGGGUAGUUAAAGAUGGGUAAUCGUUGUCCUCGAGAGAGCAGACUGUUUGAAUUCCAAGUUUUAGAAUUUAUCGACGAGCGUUGCUGGCGAGGGAUUUAUCGUCCUAGACUCGCCGAGCCACCGUCGAGGUCUCGAGGCAUCUCGCGCUAUGAUGCGUUUAGCAGGGAAGAUUGCGUUCUUUGAGUCAACCGUGUCCUUGAUCAUCUCAAAAAUCAGCUUAGAAGCCAUCUCUGCGAAAACUGCGAUCAUCGGACCGAACGUGCUCCGGAUGGGACGAGGUCGACCGACCCUGAAGGGAUCCGUAGACCAAUCCACGUAGGCUGGUUGCCGACCCGACCAGCGCACCCAUGGAACCAGCAUGGACACCGAGUUCCGGCGGAAGUCGACCCUGCCAACCGGAAGCCAGCUCGCGAGGCCAACCCUGUCGCCAGGUGAUGGCUGGUCCCGUAGAUGGGUAACUCGCGGGGCCGGCCCACGGACACCUCCUCUCGGGGGUCUUUGAAAUCCGCGAUGGGACCGCUCUCCGGUGCCCAUCGACCCCUUUAACCAGGAGGCCGAGACGCCGUGGGUGGACCGAGGCCGAAGAGGAACCGGGCUCCGGUGUGCGGAGGAGGCUGGACACCCCAUCCUGACGAUGGGAUCCGUCCGUGGGGUCGGUAGGGAUCCAAGAAGACGACCAAGCCGAGGUGAGUUCGGCCUCGCUCCGUGGAAGAGGCGACGAACGCGCGAUUCGUCCGCGAGAAGACGAUGCGAAAAUACUCAGGACCAAGUGUCUGGCUGCUGUCACUCACUCGAAAGGGGAUGCAAGCACUCUCGUCUGCCGAGAUCGACCUUUGACCCUUCACUGGGGAUGGACCGGUGAGCAAAGGUGCGGUCAGGACCGACUAGGUGAAGUGCGCGUGACCGCAGCUCGUAGUCCUUGUUACGUUGUGAUGCCAAUGACUGAGAGGUCAUGUUCCUGUGCCAGGUACUAUAUUCUAUAAAUGAUUAUAUCUCGCAGACGUAGCUAAAGAGUUAAGUGAUAGCGUUUAUUAUAUUCAUUCUCAUUUGUAUUCUCGACGUCACGUGUCAAAGUACCCACGCGCCCAGGCCCCUCUCUUCCUUCCCUGCUCUCCUACCCUCCCCCCGUUCCCUGUAUGUAAUUUGUUAUUUUUUUAAAAGUCUAUACACAUUGCCGAUUAAGUAGAGCGUAAGGCCCUCUUUAGUGCGACGUCGUUACUUUUUAGGGCGCGACCGGAACGAACGUUCGCCGCCCUGCAAUGUACCCUGCCAAAUUGUCCUGAUCCUCGAACUGCGACCCCUGGCUCCUCGUUGCCGACCCGAUAAGCAUGUUCGCCGAUUGGCAGGUUCGUUUCUCGGUUUUUAAUAAACCUCGGUGACCUUGUACGUGGAUCCUCGUGAUACUAAAUGAGGCUCGUCGAUCUCGAGACGAGACGUGCCUCGGUCUUCAACCUUCUCCCCGAGUUUCGCUGCGCGUUGUCCGAUUAAAUUAAUUCGAACGACCCGAUCGGUGCUUCUUACAUUUUACUCCUAAUUGGGAGCUGCUUGUCAAACCUAUGUAUGAUAUUUAAAUUGAUCUUCGAACCGCGCAGCGUCACUCGUUCACCUUGCGCUUCCAACCGAAUGGAGAGCGAGGCACUUCGCUGAUCUCUGACAUCUUAAAAAUUUCAAAUGUCUCUUAUGUUUCUUUAACUAUAUUCCCUGAUUUUCUAUCCAUUUCACGGACAUCCACGUUCCAGUUGUCGAGCGGUUCGGACUUGCCUGAGCUAGGAAUGCCAGAGGAAAUCAGAACUGGACACCGAUUUUCCCUAACCUGAAUCCGCUUAAACUCGUAACGUUAAUUGAUAUUUCACUGAUAAUACUUAACACUUCUGGUCAAUGUUUAUCCCUAAUUUGGGCGACUUUCUGGCAUUCCUGAGACUAUAAUUAUUGAUCUCGGGCCGGUAUCGGGGGAGCUUUUCUCGUCUCUUGUAUUUCGACCGUGCCAAUCCGCAGCAUCCGAAAAACAUGGAUUUUCGGGCAUGUUCAAUUGAGUUUGUAUAGAGACAUAGCAGUAUCGGAUUGCUCGCAGAGUCUUCCACCAGCGCGCGUGCUGCUUCCUUUAGCAAUAAUUAGGAAACGCGAAAACGCGAACAUUUCCGCGUAGAGCGAUCGACCUCCUUGGUUCGCGACUUUGAUCUCCGCAGACCCGGGCACCUACUCGAAAUAGUUUUAGCCAAGAUCUUCUGGGAGUCGAUAUCGGUGGUAAUCCGUUAAUCGGUUGUUAAAAGAGCCACGGCAACGCGCGCUGCCAAAUGUAGAGCCACGUUAGCCGAUAAAAAAUUGUACUCGUAGUUAAGUCAAUUCUGUAUGAAGUUAUUCCAAGUAGAUGCCCAGAUCUGGAUCUCCGGUGGGUCGCCACAAUAUUUAACGGUCCCUUUAUCAAUAAUUUCCCCUUCCUGCGAUCUUUUGUCCCGAGGACUGCCAAGACGAGGAAGCUGCGAGUGAUCUCUUGCUGAUCGAGAAAUUCUCACGGCCCCCAACUACGUUUCUUCCCUCCUCCUUCUUCUUUUUUCUUCCCCCCCCCCUUUUUUUUUUCAUUCGUUUCCAUCGCGUUUAAUUGCAUGACCUUUCGGUGCAAUCUAUUUUACCAUUUUACCAACCAAAAAUGCAAUAGGAAUCUUAUAACGAUUGUUUGAGCGUUCAUUUUUAGGAAGCAGCUAAUUGUACAUAAUGAGUAAAUACGUUUAAGGUGCAUUUAUUGUGAAGAUGGGAAAGUGCAAUGGAGGAUUUUAAUAUCGAGGACAAAUUGUAUACGCUAAUACGAAUCGGAGGUGCGAGAGAGAGAGAGAAAGUGUGCGAAUGAGAGAUAGUCAUGAGUGUGUAUAGCGAGCGGAAGGCAUCUCGACUGAAGAAAAAAAAAAAAUCUAUUGUCUGUAUAGCGAUCCCACGUAACCGCUGUAAACGCGUCACUGAAUAGUAAACUAAACGUGCCAUACGAA